AUGAAGACAUGCCGAGCAAUGGGUAUAAAGACGGUUGCUGUACACUCGGACGUGGACAGCGCGUCGUUGCAUGUCAAGCUUGCCGAUGAAGCUGUUUGCGUUGGCCCGGCACCGACAAGUGAAUCCUAUCUGCGGAGUGACAGAAUUCUGCAAGCAGUUAAAGACACUGGGGCGCAAGCUGUGCAUCCAGGCUAUGGCUUUCUUUCUGAAAAUACAGACUUUGCGGCAAAGUUGGAAGCAGCCGGUGCAGUUUUUAUUGGGCCGAAUAGUAAAGCAAUUUUAGCAAUGGGUGAUAAAAUCCAUUCGAAGCGAAUUGCCACCGAAGCUAAAGUAAACAUGAUUCCCGGCUAUGAUGGUGAAAUCAAUGUGCAUCCAGGCUAUGGCUUUCUCUCUGAAAAUACCGACUUUGCGGCAAAGUUGGAAGCAGCCGGUGCAGUUUUUAUUGGACCGAAUAGUAAAGCAAUUUUAGCAAUGGGUGAUAAAAUCCAUUCGAAGCGAAUUGCCACCGAAGCUAAAGUAAACAUGAUUCCCGGCUAUGAUGGUGAAAUCAAUGACGAGAAUGAGUGCGUAAAAGUAGCAAACGAGAUUGGCUAUCCGGUAAUGAUCAAGGCAUCGGCUGGAGGCGGAGGCAAAGGCAUGCGCAUUGCGUGGAAUGAUAAGGAAGCUCGUGAUGGCUACCGCCUUUCAAAGCAGGAAGCCAAAUCAUCAUUCGGCGAUGAUCGCAUGCUUGUCGAAAAGUUCAUCGAUAAUCCACGACAUAUUGAAAUGCAGGUGCUUUGCGAUAAACACAAGAAUGCAAUUUGGCUGAACGAGCGCGAAUGUUCCAUUCAGAGGCGUAAUCAGAAGGUGAUCGAAGAAGCACCGUCGUCUUUUGUCGAUCCAGAAAUGCGGCAAAAAAUGGGAGCGCAGGGUAAAAAUUUAACGCUCUUAUAUAACUGUCCCGCCGCUCUCCACGCUUCUGGUCUUUUCUGA